AUGUCAUCAUCAUCUUGUGACAGCAAUAACGGUACCAGUUGUGAAAUUUGUGAUGGCGAAAGUUUAGCUAUUAUUCUUGCACUCUAUUGGGUUAUCUAUCUUGUGAUAAAUGCAUUGAUAUUUGCUGGUGCAUUAUAUGCAUUACGAAAAUAUUUUGCUAAUGUUAAAGUACCUCGUAAAGAUACUAAAAAACAACGAUCCAUAUUACGUACAGACAGUCAAAUGGGUUUAAUUAAUAAACAUUAA